AUGUUGGGUCUCAUUGCGCUAGCAUCAGUCCUCCUCGAGGGAGUCAGCGCAGAUCGUCCCGUCAGCGGGUGGCCAGCAAUAGGAAAUGCAGCCUUUCCGCCUUACCUCGGUGGGAACUCCCCCUGGUUCGCUGGUCCCAACGUCAACAACAUCUCGCCUGAUGUGCCAGACCAGUGCACCGUGGACAUGGCCGCGUUCGUGAGCAGACACGGAUCUCGCUACCCAGAUCCAGGUUCAUACUCAACAUGGACGACACUCCAAUCCAAGAUCCAAAACUCAUCAUUCGAGGCCCACGGUCCUCUCGCAUUCAUCAAAGAUUGGGAGCCGGUUCUGCAGCAUCCCACGGCAGAGGUCUCCCAAAUCUCCGUUGGAGGGUAUCGGGAACUUUACGACAUGGGGACCACUUACCGCUGGAGAUACUCCCAUCUCUAUGCGGAUAACAACCCUUUCAUUGUCUGGGCCAAUCGCUACCAAGCAUACCAGCCUCGUGUGAUUGACUCGGCACGACUGUUCGCCCGAGGGUUUAUUGGACCCAACGCCACAACCGUCGGUACGAUAUAUGUGCUGAACAACUCGGAUCCCGCCAGCUUGGGCAAUUCGCUGGCCGUCUCAGACCUUUGCCCGACGUACAAUGACACUGGUGGUGGCGUGAACGCCACGACCUGGGCCAACACCUAUCUGCCACCCAUCGUCAAGAGAAUCAACAAGCUCACGACGCCGCCAGGAGCCGUCAACUUCACCGCCAGCGAUGUGGCAUUGUUCGGGUACCUUUGCGGAUUCGAGACUCAGAUCACUGGCAAAACAAGCCCGUGGUGCUCGGUCUUGACCGAGUCUGAGCUCAAGCAAUACGAAUAUGCGCAAGACAUACGGUACUACUACGGCGCCGGUCCGGGCGCGGCCAAGAACGGUACCUUCAUGCUCCCCUUUCUCCAGGCGAUCAUCGAGCGCUUCCAGGAUGGACCGAAUGAGACCUACGUCUCGAGCGAUGGCAGCAGCUUCACGCCGCCCCCAUUGAUCGCGGCAUUCACCAACGACGGCCAGGUCAACCAGCUCGCCGGAGUGAUUGGUGUUUUUGAUGACCAGGCGCCUCUGCCAGCCACGUACAUCCCAGCGGAGCAGAAAUUCAUCGCGUCCCACUACGUGACCAUGCGCGGGACUGUAUCGUUUGAGCGGCUGACCUGUUCGGGUGAGCAGUACGUGCGCGUGCUGCUGAACGACGCCGUCUACCCGGUGGUGGGCUGUGAGUCCGGACCCGGAAGAUCGUGCCCUCUUGCACAGUAUGCCCAAAUUGUGGCGCAGAAGCAACAGGCGGCCGGAAACUUCGGGACCACAUGUUUCGGUAAUGCAACCACGGCGACGGGGAAGACAACCUUCUUGACUGACUUGGCUCUGCCAUUCAUGCAAGCUGUCAAGCCCUGA